AUGGCUAAUCAGCCACAUGAUUGGCCGAAUUGCUAUCAACCAGCGGCUAAUCAGCCGCCAGUUUUUAAUCAGAUGGAGGAAUUAUUCCACAAUCAGUUCUACCGUACGGAGACAGAACCUACUCUGGCCGAUUUAUCCAGGCUAAGUCAAUUGCCUAGUGAAUCGGUCGAGACAUUCAUUGCAAGAUUCAGGAGAGCAAGAUUAAGAUGUUGUGUACCUCUUCCAGAACAGGAGUACAUUCGUUUGGCUUUGAACGGCCUUGAUUUUGAACUUCGGAAGAGGUUUGAAGAAGUUCCAUUUCGUGACAUGUAUGACCUGGCCGAGAAAGCUACCAGGUAUGAGUGGGUUCUCAAAGAGGAGAAAGAACGAAAAAAUUCCUCUAAAGGUACGUACUAUAGGGACCCCAACUAUGAAGUUUAUUCAACUGAUGUGGUUGAAGAGGAAGAUUUUGAAGCUAAUUUAGCCGAAGUCAUUCUAAAGAAGCCUUAUGUAUGCGACGCUUUAACAAAACCAAAUGUAUCCACCAGUAGUACUCAGCCAUCGACUUCAUCGGCCAGGAAGGGUACGACUGAUACUGGUAAGGUUUAUACGUUUGAUCUGGCCAAAACAGAACAAAUUUUUGAUCAUUUGUUGGCCGACAAACAAAUCGUUUUGCCAAAAGGACACAAUAUACCAUCGACCAAUGAUUUAAAAGGAAGAGAGUUCUGCAAAUUUCAUAAUUCAUGGAAUCAUACUACUAAUAAUUGCUAUGUAUUUAGAAAUGUAUUGCAGAAAUCUAUCGAUGAAGGUGUAUUGAAAUUCCUGAAAAGAAGCCAGAUGUAA